AUGUGCUACGGCGUGUUCCAGGAAUACUACUCGGAAACACGCUUCCUGAAGGGCUCUCUCUCGGCCACCGGAGUGAUCGGCACGACGUCCAACGGCGUGCUGUACCUGUCGAUGCCGUUUCUCUUUGCCGCGUUCAGCCAACGAUACGCGCGCUACCGACACGCCGUUGCGCUCUGCGGGGUGGGGCUGGCGUUCAUCAGCUUCCUGCUGUCGUCGUUCAGCACCGACGUGUGGCACGUGGUGGCAACCCAGGGCGUGCUCGCGCCGCUGGGCAGUGCGUUGAUCUACAGCCCGACGACGCUCUCGCUGGGCGAAAGCUUCACCACCAGCAAUCGUGCGGUGGCGUACGGCGUCGUCUUCUCGUGCAAGAACAUUGUCGGCUCGGCGUGUCCGUUCCUGCUGCGCUUCCUCCUGGACCGCUACGGAUUCCGCACCACCAUGAGGAUCUGGACCGCCGUCAUCACCGGGAGCAGUUUGGGCGCCAUCUUCCUCAUCCCCGCGGCCGGCCACCACACAUGCACGCGCUCGCGUCACACUCCCUGGCAUUUCCUCAAGCACCAGACCUUCUACAUCUACGGCAUUGCCACCAUCAUGCAGAGCUCCGGCUACGGCCUUCCGCAGACAUACCUCAACUCGUACGCGAAGGAUGUCGGGUCCCUGUCGCAGGCGUCGGCGACCCUGCUUCUCACGCUGUUCAACAUCCCCGGCAUCCUGUCCUGCUCGUUCUUCGGCUACCUGAGCGACAACAAGCGGUAUCCGCUCUCCGCCACCACCAUGACCUGGACGUCCAGCAUCUGCUCGGCCCUGUCGGUCUUCCUGCUCUGGGGCCUGGCCCCGCGCUCCAGCAUGGCCACCCUCAGCCUGUUCUCCAUCAUCUAUGGCUUCUUCGCCAGCGGCUACAGUUCCACCUGGGGCGGCGUCAUCAAACAGCUGGAGCACGAGUCCGCCGCCCGGAACGAGGCCAUCGACAUCGGCGUCGUCUACGGCUUGUUGAACGGCGCCCGCGGCUUGGGCUACGUCAGCGGCGGUCUCGCGGGCGUCCAGCUGCUGAAGACCGGCUCGCUGCACGGCCCAGGGAAGUCCGGCUACGCCACCGAAUACGGGCCCUUGAUCAUCUUCACCGGUUUGACCUCGGUCUUUGGCGGCUGGAGCGUCAUAUGGAAGUGCAAGCGACCCUUUUUUUGA